AUUAUGGUGACGCUUGCUAGUUGUUGCUGAAUUAUUGUAAUAAAAGUCAAGGAGGGGUGGCUACAGUUGCUUUUUUAAUCUUCGGUUUGGCAUAUUGUCCUACAAAAGAUGUUUUUUGCAAUUGAUUUUUCUUAAAACAGUGGUAUCCAUUCAUUUCUUUGAUAAAAUCUUCCUAUAAUUAACUAACAUUUGGAGUUAAAAAAAAUGUUAAACCAUUGCAGUGCCGUAGCUAUAUAAUGACGUUCUAUUAAGUAUAAACUGUUCCUGAAUAUUGAAGAAGAUUUCUUUCGUAUGAAAAGAGUUCACAAAAUACGUUUGGAAGCUUUUUUCAAUCCGGAAGGUUCGCUAUUUUAAAUAAAGAGUGAAAAGAAUACCAAAGCAAUUGGAUAGAAACGUUAAGUCCUAGUGAAUGACUUCUUAGAUUUCGCGCUUUUUCAAUAAAAGACGAAAAAAGGACACGACUAACUGAUAUAUAUUAAUGUUUUCCAGAGAUGCUGGAUUUGAAGACAACCUAGUAACAGCCAGUCUAGUAUCUGGUAUUUGGAAUGGCAGCUUUAGUAUUGGGAACACGGUGGGCCCUUUGUUUGCUGGCAUUUUCACUGAUCAUUUUGGAUUUCCUUGGACAUCUACCGUCAUUGCAUUUUUGUUUCUUGUUGAGGGUACUGGAUUAGUUAUUUUCACUUUAUGGAGCAGGCGAAAACAACUAAAUAUGGACAAUUCAGGGUACAAACCCCUAAAAGAAACACACAAUGAAAUGGAAGAUGAAAUGGAAGAUUUAUAUGACUUAGCAUCACAAAACAGAAAGUAGACCACGUAGAAUGACUUUCUAAGAAUUGAAGAUGUAAAAUUGCUGACGUCAUUAAAAUUCAAAUGGCGGUUUUUUUCAUUCUUAGUCUGUCUAAAUGGAUUAUAUUACGGGCUUAAGGAAUAGUUGUUGUAUAGGAAGUUCGAUAUAUUUUAAUGAAACGCCUAGACUUGUAGCACCACUCGGUCAUGAUGUAUAAUUUUGAAAAGGUCGAAACCAGCAGCUCUCUUGUUUCAAGGUCUGAUAAAAUCAUUUAAAUAAGAAAUAACAGACUAUGAUCACAGAUAUUGUUAAUUCAAACUACAGAACAGAAUGUACACCCAACGAUUUCAAUUGUGUACACACUCCCUAACUACCGAAGUAACUGAGCUAGGAGUAGUUAUACUCGGUUAGAAAAAGUUUAAAAUCGCUCUUCAAGCUUCUUUAAAUACAUCUCUGAGAAGCAUAGUGUUUCUUGUUAAGUAUUAAUGUUGUUUGCUUUGUCGUUAAAAACAAACAAGUGCUCCACUCUUGCUUUUAAAAAAAAAUGUGUUAAAUAAAUUUAUCCAAUUAAUGGAUGGGGCGGUAGUGAGGUAGGGUAAUGAGGCAGGGCAGUAGGGAGAUGGUGCGGUAGUGAGGUGGGGCGGUAGUGAGAUGGAGCGCUAGUGGGGUGCUGCUGAAGCAGGAUGGGGGAGUGGUAGACUAACGUAUUACAUUUGCCAUAUUUUGCUUUUAAUAACUCCACCAAUCAAAAACAAAAUUACCUCUUUUUUAAUUGUAAUUAGAGCCAGACUUUUGUGUGAAGAAUUGUGGACGUGACAAAGAAAAAAGUGGUAACAAUACACGAAUUCUGCAGAAUCGUCCUUAUCCCGCUAAAUUCACCUAAAGUAUUAGGUACAGAUUAAUUUCUUAAAAGAAUUUCUUUCUGUUUGUAUGUUGAUGCGUGCUUAAAUGUUAAAUUUUUGACCGAAGUAGGAUUCGAAUAUACGCGAUUUAAACGUCUCGCUUCAAGUUAUAAAGGUGUUUAACAAUCUCUUUUAGGUUUUCGCACAAAUUUUGCGUCCUUCUUUUAGGGCCAAAAUGUGUAAUAAAAGUAAAUAGAUUGGUGUGUGGCAUUUUGAAGAGUAUAAAUAAAAACAGUUACUUUAAAUAAAUUAUUUUUAUACACAUCAAAUUAAAUACAUUUAUCAUAUACUUUGAGUUUUUCCCGCAACUUGAUUGCCUAAUUUGCACGAAGUAUAAGCUAAAUUUUGUUUUUGAACCGAGAAACGAGUGUAAUUUCUACUUUAUACAGAGUGCAAAAAGCUUAUAUUCUUCCUUUGAUUGGCUGAUUUAACGUGCAAAAAGCUUAUAUUUUCCCCUUGAUUGGUUGAAAAUUCGUUGGAAAAGCCCAUAUGUUCUUAAAAACGAAAACUUGUCGGUGAAUUUA